GGUGGAGCGCAAGCGGCGAGGACCCGCAGGCCCAACGAGACAGCGCUCUCUUCCAACCCGAAACCUUGGGCAUCGUGGGAGAAAGGAUUGUUGCAGCAAGCUCCUGGCAGUCCUAAACAGUUCAUCUUGGUGUAACGUCUUCCUGUUGUGCUUGCAUCAUGGAAAAUCAGUUGGCUAAAUCAACUGAAGAACGAACAUUUCAGUACCAGGAUUCUCUUCCAUCUCUGCCUGUUCCUUCACUUGAAGAAUCAUUAAAAAAAUACCUUGAAUCAGUAAAGCCGUUUGCAAAUAAAGAAGAAUACAAAAGAACUAAAGAAACUGUCCAAAAAUUUCAAGAUGGUAUUGGAAGAAAACUGCACCAGAAAUUACUUGAAAGGGCAAAAGGAAAAAGAAAUUGGCUGGAAGAAUGGUGGCUGAAUUGUGCCUAUCUGGAUGUUCGCUUACCAUCGCAACUGAAUGUCAAUUUUGCUGGUCCUGCAGCCCAUAUUGAACACUACUGGCCUCCAAAGGAAGGCACUCAGUUGGAAAGAGGAAGUAUAAGUCUUUGGCAUAACUUGAACUACUGGCAGCUAUUAAGAAAAGAAAAAGUGCCUGUUGAUAAAUCUGGAAAUAGUCCUCUGGAUAUGAAUCAAUUCCGAAUGCUGUUUUCCACGUGCAGGAUUCCAGGAAUUACUAGAGAUUCAAUUACGAGUUAUUUUAGGACUGAGAGUGAAGGACAUUCCCCAACUCACAUUGCAGUGCUUUGUCGAGGCCGAGUUUUUGUCUUUGAUGUAAUACAUGAAGGAUGUUUGAUCACCCCCCCGGAAAUUUACAGGCAGUUGACCUACAUUCACAAGAAGUGCCAGAGUGAACCUAAUGGACCUGGGAUAGCAGCAUUGACUAGUGAGGAGCGAACUCAAUGGGCUAAGGUACGAGAAUAUUUGAUUAGUCUUGAUCCAGAGAACUUGACUAUAUUAGAAAAAAUUCAGAGCAGUUUAUUGGUAUAUACCAUAGAGGAUAGCAGUCCACAUGUAACACCAGAAGAUUAUUCUCAGGCAACCACAAUGACCCUUAUAGGAGAUCCAGCUGUACGCUGGGGAGACAAAUCUUAUAACUUGAUUUCCUUUUCCAAUGGAGUAUUUGGCUGUAGUUGUGAUCAUGCUCCUUUUGAUGCAAUGGCUAUGGUAAACAUCAGCCAUUAUGUUGAUGAGAAGGUUUUUGAGAAUGAAGGAAGAUGGAAGGGUUCAGAAAAAGUACGGGAUAUAUCACUUCCAGAGGAGCUUGUUUUCACUGUGGAUGAUAAAAUACUAAACGACAUUAAUCAAGCUAAAGCCCGAUAUCUCAAGCAGGCAUCUGAUCUGCAGGUUGUGGCGUAUGCCUUUACACCUUUUGGCAAAAAGCUAACCAAGAAGAAGAUGCUUCACCCUGAUACAUUUAUUCAGCUUGGACUUCAGCUGGCCUAUUAUAGACUUUAUGGACGCCCUGGUAGCUGCUAUGAGACUGCUACAACAAGGUAUUUCUACCAUGGCCGAACAGAGACUAUGCGCACGUGUACAGUAGAAGCUCUUGGGUGGUGCCAGUCCAUGCAGGAUCCUUCUACUGGUCUUCUUGAGCGGCAGCAGAAGAUGUUACAAGCUUUUGCAAAACAUAAUAAAAUGAUGAAAGAUUUUUCAGCUGGAAAAGGAUUUGACCGUCAUCUUUUAGGUCUUUUACUCAUAGCAAAAGAGGAAGGUCUUCCUGUUCCAGAACUCUUUACAGACCCACUUUUCUCCAAAAGUGGUGGAGGUGGAAACUUUGUUCUCUCAACAAGUCUGAUCGGUUAUUUAAGAACCCUGGGAGUGGUGGUUCCCAUGGUCCACAAUGGCUAUGGAUUUUUCUACCAAAUCAGAGAUGACAGGUUUGUUGUGGCCUGUUCAGCCUGGAAAUCAUGUCCAGAGACUGAUGCGGAAAAGCUAGUUCUGCUGGUGUUUCAGGCUUUCAAUGAUAUGAUGCAGCUGAUGAAUACUGCUCAUCUUUAGAGACUAAUCAUUUAUUUAGCAUUUAUAAAAAUAUUAAACUGGGUGUGGAGAGUGGGUUGAUGAUGUGAGAUAUGAAGGAAUAUUUUAAGGAAACUUGUAAUUAGUAGAUUAGUAGUAAUUAGUAAAUUAAUAGAAUCAUGCUCUAAAUUUAUUCUCACAUAGGAAGAUAAAAAUAGGAUUUUUAAGCUUCCUCUUUUGUAGUAGCAAUGGAAAUUGGUAUAAUGAAAUAUAGAACUAUGCAAAAGUUGAAGAUAAGCCUCAACAAUGCAAAUGUACAAAUUUUAAUAAUGCAAGUCUUACUCUAACUUAGAAGUAUUUUUGUUGGUUACCUAUAUAGGUUAUAAAUCCUCUCUCUGAACAUCAUUGUGUAGGGUCUGUCAAGCACUUUAACAUUUCCUAGUUGCCAAAGGGUAUGGAAUACAUGAUAAGAUGUUAACUUCCCUGAAAUCCUUGCCUUCCACAUUCACCACAGGGAUACAAGCCUACUGUGUUUGAUGGCAAAGACCACUACAAUUUAAUGGUCAUCAAAAGUAGAGCUUCUCUUGGACAGACGAAUUAGAGGGAGGUUUAUACUCUGAAGCACACACAGAAAAACCCUAACAAAAUUCAUUAUAGUAUAUUGAACUUAGUUUUGUGAAUGUAAAAUUAAAGCACUUAUUUUUAAAAUUAAAGUUAGUGACUUGAAGAUUGCUGAAUCAAAUUCUCAGGAUUUUACAGGUUUUUUUCCUGCUGUUCAAAAUAGAAAAUAAAGUUCUCAGUCAUGUAGCUUCUUAUUUCGUGUUUGGAUAACUAAUCUACUCCUGUUUGACCUUAUGCUUUCUGGUCUAAGUUGUGUAUUACCCUGUAUAAAAAAAACACCCAAAACUUACUGUCUUAAAUCAAUUUAUUAUUUCUCAUGAUUGUAUCAGUUGAUUGUGCCCAGUUGGAUAGUUCUGGUCUUGCUGGAGUUUGUUUAUGCAGCUGCAUUCAUCAGGGUGCUGGACCGAGGCUGUAAAGUUGAAGAUGCCUCCCCUGCAGCCUGAGGACUUGGUACCUGGGACUCUGUCCAUGUAGUCUGAUUAUUCAGUGUUCUAGCCUUGCCUUAGGUACUUGGCAGUGGGAGUGUUCUAAGAGAGAAAGGUAGCAUCUGCAAGGCCUCUUGAGGCCUAGGCUGUGAAGUCACAGGAUAUUACUUACUUUGCAUUUUAGUGGUGAAAAGUUGUAACAGCAGUCUAGAUUCAAGGAGUGGGGCGGGGGGGAAGUGUCAUCUCUUGAUAUGAGAAAACAGCAAAGUCAUUUUAUAAAUGUAGAUAAGUAGGCGCAUUUACUGGGGGCCGUUUUUGUAGCAAUGUUGUAUAUCAAGAUUACAGUGUAGUUACUGGUUGUUUACAUCCUUUAAAUUUUCCUAUCUUCUGAAUUUGGUAAGACUGGUUUAUUGUUUGUGAAAACAUUGAGUUGGCUUCUGUGGCACUUGAUAUAUCCCUAACAGAUUUCUUCUUCCCAUUCUAUACUGUGGAACUUUUUCCUCACUAGUACAAUUUUAUAUACUACACUGCGAUGGCUUUUAGAAUCAUUCGGUUGGUGGUUUUUAAAUAAUGUCUAAAGAUGGGUAUUUUAGAAAGUGUUCACUUCCUGCCAAGAAACCGCUUCUGUGAUACUCUAACAUGUUUCCCUAAACUGCCUGAAGUUAAAAAUCACCUGGAAUGCUUUUUA